CUACCUACACUACAGGGAUGCUGGCCUGGAGGGAAGGACUAGGAGGCCCCAGAUGAGGGUCCAGCUGGCCCCUGGUCCUUGCAAGGCUGCAGCAAGAGUGUGAUAGGCACUGAAGCUGGAGCAGGGUCUGGACACAGCAGUGGGGACUGUGAUCCCUGGGCUGGGCUCCACAGCCUUGGACACUGUCCAGCCCCUGCCAUGUGGGGUCCCCCUGGCUGGGAUGGGCAGUGGGGCAGGCUGGCCUCUCAGAGGUCUGGGAUCCUCAGCCUCCCACUGCCUCCUGGGCAGCAGUGACUGGCCCCUCCUCUCCCUUCCUCCCCCACCCCACACCCCCUCCCUGAAUCAUAAAACCAGACCCCAGUCCUGACUAUUUCUCAAUCCCUAAAAGCCCAGUUCCUGUGGGCAGCACUCGAUGCGCCUGCCCCUCUCCUUUCCGCACUUCAAGGGAAAGACGAGAUCUUGCAUAAGGUCCCCUGUGUCUGCCUUCCACCAGGGAAGCCUGACAUGGAGCCUCUCCGCCUGCUCAUCCUGGUGGCCGUCACAGAGCUGUCCCGAGCCCACAACACCACCGUAUUCCAGGGCAUGGCAGGCCGGUCCCUGCAGGUCUCCUGCCCCUACAACUCCUUGAAGCACUGGGGCAGACGCAAAGCCUGGUGCCGCCAGCUGGAUGAAGAGGGCACGUGCCAGCGGGUCGUCAGCACCCACCGCUCGUGGCUGCUGUCUUUCCUGAAGAGGUGGAAUGGGAGCACGGCUAUCGUGGAUGAUGCCCUGGGGGGCACGCUCACCAUUACGCUGCGGAAUCUUCAAGCCCAUGACGCCGGCCUCUACCAGUGCCAGAGUCUCUAUGGUGAUGAGGCCGACACCCUCAGGAAGGUCCUGGUGGAGGUGCUGGCCGACCCCCUUGAUCACCUGGACCCUGGAGGUCUCUGGAUCCCUGAAGAGUCCAAGAGCUUCGAGGAUGCCCAGGUGGAACGCAGCAUGUCCAGCUGCUGCUCCAAGACUCCUGAAUGGUCAGCCUCCCAUCCCUUCCCUGGCCACCCUUGGACAUCCCCACAAUUCAGCAAUAAUAAGGGUUUUAGGACAAAACUGGGACCCCACUCCCAUACCUGCUCCUUUGGUAGGAUCAGCUCUGAUUGGUUCAUUCCCGUGUACUGGUGUUAAAAUACUGUUAGUAUAACCAUGGAGUGCACAUGUGCACACACACACACACACACACACCCCAGACUAUACUAUUAGGCACAGCAGGAAACUGCCCAGCAAGGGAAGGUGAUGUGUUUAAACGCACUCAGCAGGUAGAUCCGUACCUAGAACUCAGGUCUCCUGACUACAGUCUCCCUCAAGCCUCAUCCCAGGGAUGGUGCUGGGUGGGGAGCUAUUCUAAGGCCCCUGAAAGCACCUGGUAUCUCCCCGGUCCUUCUCGGUGGGCAGACUCCAGUGUGUAGGCCACCCCAAGGUCUCCCUCAUGUCCUCCUUGUGUC